CCGUUGGGGUUCGGCAGUGAAUGCACCGAAGAGAGAUUUGUACAAAUUUUGACACUGUUUUGUUUUGCAGAUACAGAGCUAGAAAGUCGAAUCGGCAGACGAUAUAAGAAGAAAGGCAAAUAAGGCGGCAUUCUGCAGACCUGUUGACAGACAUACAGACGACAUACAGAGACAUAGACAGGUAGAUAGGCACAUUUAGAAACACAUAAUAUGCUAUCCAUCAAUAGAGUGAAGUGUGUUGCGCACUUGGGGCUGAUCCAGAAGGGCUACUUGUCUGCGGUAAGACACAACUCGACGAAAAGCGGGGCCGCUGACGCUGUCGGCGGGAAGCCGUCUUCUGUUGCGAGAAACACAUAUAAGGUGAACGAGAACUCGACCUACCCGGAGGACGCGGCAGACGCAACGUCCACCAUUUUGGCGGAUGCGAUUGACUUCCAGAAGAGAAUCCAGGCGAAGGACAGGGUGACCUGGUGGGAGAUCUUGGAGAAGAAAAACCAGAGACAAAAAGAGGGCAAAAACAUCGACUCUCUGACCAUUGAUGACGUGAAGACGACCAGAGUCUCGUUUUCUUUCAUCACGUUGCCGUUCAAGGACGACUUGUUCUUGAGAGACUUUUAUAUCAAUGCGCCGGGUAGAUUGAGGUUUGGUCACCUGUUCCAAGAUUUGGACGCGUUGGCCGGAAGAGUGGCUGCCAAGCACUGCAAGCCUGCAGAACCUAUGAAUGUCACCGCCUCCAUCGACAGAAUCUACGUCACAAAGAAGAUCGACGAAAUAGACAAGUACAACUUCUUGAUUGUCGGUUUCGUCACGUACACCGGUAACUCGUCCAUGGAGAUCUGCAUCAAGGGUUUUGCAUACGAGGAGAACUUGCCAGAGAACGAGUCCAUCGGCCCGUCCAUUGUUGAAAAGGACUCGAAAAAAUGCUUUCUUUCUGCCAACUUCACCUUUGUUGCCAGAAACCCGGCCACCCACAAAGCACACAAAAUCAACAAGCUACUCCCAACCUCGGAAUUGGAAUGGAUCGAUUUCAGAAGAGCUGAAUCCCACAAUGCUGCCAAGAAACUGAGAGCUAAGACCUCUUCACUCGACAAGGUUCCACCAACAGCAGAUGAAUCCAAGAUGAUUCACAGUUUAUACAACUCCUCCAAGCGCUUGUUUUCCAUCCCUGUCAACGAGAGACCUAAUAACCUAUUUUUGAUGGAGAACACAAGGGUCUCUGCCACCCAAGUUCAACAGCCUCAGUAUAGAAAUAGACAUGGCAUUAUUUUCGGUGGAUACCUUUUGAGACAGACUUUCGAAUUAGCUUACUGUGCCGCAGGUGCGUUCUCUAGAAGCUAUCCAAGAUUCAUUUCUUUGGACAACACUACUUUCAAGGCGCCAGUUCCUGUCGGUUGUGUGCUCUCAAUGAAUGCGGAAGUUUGUUACACAGAACAUCUUCAUGAUGAGAACGAAGAUUCGACCUCUGCCAAAGUUUUAUCCGACUUACUAAAAGACUAUGAUACUUCUGCAAACUCUUUAAGUACAGACACGCAUGAAUUUUUGUCUGUGCCUGGUACUAUGAUUCAAGUUAAGGUUGACACCAAGGUCCGUUCUUUGAGCGACGCUUCAGCUUUCACAGAAAGCGGGACUUUUGUCUACAGUUUCUAUGUUCCAAGAGACGUCGAGGGAUAUGACUCUCCCGGCUAUUCUUCCGUCAUUCCUCAAUCCUAUGGUGAAAUGAUGGAUUACGUGCAAGGCAGAAGAAGGGCUUACGAAACAGCUGCGUACGCUCAGCAGUUGAAAUAUUCUGGUGAACUCGAUUAAACUGCUGAAUAUAUAUACGUAUAUAAUAUCGAUAUAUGUAUGCAUUAAAGUCUCUACAUUCAUAAUUACAGAAAUAAAUUAUUUAAAGUGAACUAGCAGUUUCAGGAUAUCUGGAAAGAUAACGAACAAAAAAAGUAAA